UAUACUAUAGCAGAAGCAAAUAUUUACCCUCGCAAUUCGAACCCCACAAAACACCACCUUCACUUCCCAAAACCCAAACAUCACCGUUCACCGUCGUUUCUUGAUGGACUCAGAGCUCAAAUCGGCAAAAUCCGCUUACCGGAACGCCAAAGAAGAAGGUAACCACCGCGAAGAAGCGCGUUGGGCAAACGUCAUCGGCGAUAUACUCAAGAACAGAGGUGAAUACGUUAAAGCUCUCAAAUGGCUCCGAAUCGACUACGAAAUUUCGCUUAAGUACUUAUCGGAGAAUCAUUUAGUCACAACUUGUCAAUCCCUCGGCGAAAUCUAUCUCCGUCUUGAGCAAUUUUCCGAUGCCCUAAUUUUUCAGAAGAAACAUUUAGAUCUAGCAAGGGAUAAUGAAGAUCUAGUUGAGCAACAAAGAGCUAGCACGCAGCUAGGUCGAACUUAUCACGAACUGUUUUCGAGAUCUGAACAUGAUCACAAUUCAAUUCGUAAUGCGAAGAAGUAUUUUAAGUCUGCUAUGGAUCUUGCGGUUAGUCUGAAAGAGAAUCCGCCAAAUAAUAAGUCUUCCUUUUUGAAGGAAUAUAUUGAUGCUUAUAAUAACAUUGGUAUGCUUGAAAUGGAACUUGAUAACUUGCACGAUGCAGAGAAUAUACUUAGGAGAGGAUUGAAGAUUUGUGACGAAGAGGAGAUUAGUGAGCAUGACGAUGGGCGUAGUAGGUUACAUCAUAAUUUAGGGAAUGUGUAUAUGGAAUUGAGGAGGUGGAAUGACGCUAUGAAGAAUAUGAAGAGGGAUAUUUUGAUUUGUCAUAAAAUUGGACAUUGUCAAGGGGAAGCUAAAGGGUAUAUUAAUCUUGGUGAAGUGCAUUACCGGACUCAGAAGUAUGAAGAGGCGCGGUCUUGUUAUGAGAAGGCACUUGGUUUGGCGAAGUCUUUAGAGGAUGAGGAUGCUUUGGUCAGACAAAUUAAUCAGAAUAUUGAAACUGUUAAAGAAGCAGUUAAAGUUAUGGAUGAAAUCAAGAAAGAAGAGCAGAAACUUAAAAAACUCAAGAGAGAUAUAGCCUCGGCUAGAGGGACACUGCACGAGCGCAAGCAUCUGCUGCAGGAAAACGGGGCUCUUGAACGCCUUGUUGAGAAAGCAAGGAUGAUCGCUGCAUGGGAGAAGUAUUGUGAAUUUGCGAAGGAGAGGAAGAAAGUAGCGAAUGACCUUUGUGACAGGCAAAGGUUGGGUGAUUCAUAUCUGGAUGUCGGAGAAUCUUACCAGAAGCUCAGAAAAUUCAACAAGGCAAUCAAAUGGUAUGAAAAGAGUUGGAAAAUGUACAAAACAAUUGGCAACUUAGAGGGGCAAGCACUGGUGAAAAUUAAUAUUGGUAAUGUUUUGGAUUCUACUCACAAUUGGAAAGAAGCGUGUGAUGCAUAUAAGGAGAGCUACAGGAUUGCUGUUGAAGCAGACCUUCCUGUUGUACAGCUUUCUGCCUUGGAAAACAUGCACUAUAGCAACAUGAUCAGAUUUGAUGACGAGGAUGAGACCAGGAGGUUGAAACUUCUAAUUGAUGAGCUUAAGAAGUCAAAUGAAGAGAUAGAGGCUAAUAAUGUGCCUGAUGAUUGUUGCUCUGAAACUGAUACUGAAGCAGAUGAUUGUAUGUCAAAUAGUGGGCCAGAUGAUUUUUGCUUGCCAAAGACAACUUAUAGAUCAAAAACCCUGACUCCUGAAGAUGAAUUGGAUGAUGAUACUACGCCUCUUAUGUCAACGUAUCAGUCUAUCAAAGGCUCAUCUAGAAAAAUUACAGGUCACAAGGAAAGUCAUACCAACUCUACAAAGCAGGUUGACCAGUCACCCAGAAGUCUGACAAAACUAAAAAGUGUGCAUCAAGCAGUUUCUGGUCGUAAACGUGUCCGUGUAAUUCUUUCUGAUGAUGACGAGGAUGAUGAAGUGGAAUGCUCAAGCAGAAAGGAUCGUGACUACCCGUUAGAAGACUUGCCUAAUUAUGAUACAAUUAAAAGUAAAAUCAGUCCUAGUAAAAUUCAGGUUCUCCCGGAGUAUGGAUCUAAAUGUGCAAUUAAUGUUGAAGAAAGUAGUAGUUCUUUCAAAGGCUCGAGUCCAAAUACAGGCACUAAAACUUCCAGACAUUCCAGGUCAUUGAGCAAUGAUAUAGUUGCUGAACCUUACUUUCCUAGUGGUUCUAAAUGCGAUACAGAUGUCUCUGGCAAACAAAAUGGUGUAGCCCAUCCCAUGAUGCAUCAUUCCCUACAUGAUAGAUAUAUUGCAUGUCGGAUUGGGAAUGAUAUAGUUUAUGUAGAAGAAGCCUUGUGUGCUGCUGGUGAUCAGUUUGACAUUGACUCGUUAAAGGCUGUAGUUGCAUGCAAAUUCUAUCUACAAUUUCCAGCAGAAAAGAAAUCAGAGGGUUUGUUGCCCAUUAUUCAGCACAUAAAGUGUGCUGGAAGAGAUCUAGAAUCGCUGGAAACUGUUGAAAAUAUUAUGGAGCAUCUGCAAAAUAACAUGGUUGAAGCUUUCAUUGAUGGAUGGAUUCAGAAGCGCCUAAUAAAAAUGUACGUAGACUGCUGCAAGGGGUUGUCUGUGGAACCAAAGAUCAAGGUGCUGAAGAAACUUUACAAUUUACAGGUUUCUGAUGAUGAAAUCAUUGCAUCGGACUGUGACCUCCAAGAUUUGUCCAUAACACCAUUGAUCGAUGCGCUGCAUUCACAGAUGGCAUUUUCAAUGCUUGACAUCUCUCACAAUUGUUUAGGAAAUGGGACAAUGGAGAAACUUCGAAAGGUAUUCACAACAUCAGGUCAAUCUUACGGCGACUUAACUCUGGAUUUACAUUGCAAUCGAUUUGGCCCAACAACUUUGUUUCAGAUUUGUGAAUGCUCUGUGCUAUUUGCUCGACUCGAAGUGCUUAACAUUUCUGGAAACCGUCUUACUGAUGCAUGUGGAUCUUAUCUUUCAACAAUGUUAAAAAACUGUACAGCUCUUUGUAGCUUGAAUGUAGAGAACUGUAGUAUCACAUCCAAAACCAUUCAAAAAAUUGCUGAUGCAUUGGACUCUGGAUCUGUACUUUCACACCUUUGUAUAGGAUACAAUCACCCUGUAACUGGGAAUGCUGUGGUUAAUCUUCUAUCCAAGCUUUCUACUUUAAAAAGGUUUUCUGAGUUGAAUAUGAGUGGUCUAAAACUAGGCAGACCGGUUGUCGAUAGCCUUUGCCAGCUUGCAGGGACUUUGACUUUAUCAGGACUAAUACUUGGAGGCACUGGUAUUGGAAAUGAAGGGGCCAUGAAAGUAACAGAACCAUUGCUCAAAGGGACUGAGGAGUUUGUGAAACUUGACAUAUCAUACUGUGGGCUAACAUCUGACUAUAUUUUAAGCAUCAACGUUAAUUCUUUUUGUUCCAUCACUGACCUGAACCUGGAAGGAAAUCCUAUAAUGCUUGAGGGCUGCAAUACUCUAUUUUCGCUUCUCAUAAACUCACAAUGCUGUCUCAAAGUUUUGGUCCUUAAGAAAUGUCAACUUGGGCUUGCUGGAGUUGUUCACAUAAUUGAGGCUCUUGCAGAUAACAGCGGCCUGGAGGAGCUUAAUCUUGCUGAUAAUUCUGUUUCAACGGAACUUUCUGCUCUACAAUGUGCUGCAUCAUCUAAAAGCUGUUCACAGAACCAGGAGCAGAAACUUGAUACUAUGAAAGUGGAUGAUAAUCAAGAGGUUUUUUGCUCCCCAAAUACUUUAGACGAUCAGCUGGAAGUUGCUGAUAGUGAAGACAAUCAAGUUAGGGCAGAAGCUGCUGCUUCUGGAAUUGACGACAGUUGUGCCAGUUCAUGUCAAAGAAAUUCAUCUCCCGACUGCCAUUUCACUCAGCAAAUUUCAAGUGCUAUUGCAAAGGCAAAGAACUUACAAUCUCUAGACCUUAGCAAUAAUAAUUUUUCUGCACAAGCUGCAGAAACACUCUAUGGUUCGUGGACAACUUUACGACCCCUUUCAAGUCACAGGCACAUCACUAAGCACAUUAUCCAUUUCUCAACAAAGGAAAAGAAAUGCUGCAGCGUGAAACCUUGCUGUAAGAAAGUUUGAUUCGCGGCUCCCAUGUUAAUAUAUUGACUAAAGAAUAAGAGGCAAUUCUCUGGUCAAUGAGGACAUUUCUAUGAAUAAAAAGGGUGGUGCUUUAUUUAUAAAUAUGCUCAUCUUCAACAGCUGUAAUUUAUGAACAUCAAUUGUAACUUGUAAGGAAGUACAACUCCUCUAGUUUCUUUAUCAUGUAAAACUCGUUAACUAAGUGCACAUCUUGGUUUUAUGUAUAUAAUAUUGGUGGAUUCAACUA